CUCGCUUAUACUCCUGUCUAUCCCGCAAACAGUCGAUCCAUGUGUCAUACAACGAUUAAACUUCGCUACUUCAAACUAUCCGGGUAUAUAUACCUUCAAAUCCAUUCUUCAAUUUUAUCUCUUAAUCUUUUUCGGAUAAAUCUCGUUUUUGUUCUCUUCCAAGCUUAAUUUCUUUCUUGAAUUGAUUUAUCGAAUUUUAUAUGGAAUCUAUAUUCUUCUGUAGUUAUUUGCUUUAUAUUAUGAAUUGUGAAAUUUAUCGUUCGUAGGAAUUUUUCCAAACGGAAAGAACCUCCUGUACUUCUUAUUAUUUUGAUUUUUUAUGAUUUACAUUCAACGAUUUACUUGCUUCGUAUCGUGCCGAAAGAAAGUUUCUACGUUGAAAUUUUUAAAAGUGUGCUCUUACAAUUGGUGGAUCUUUUCACUAGACCAAUGAAGAUGAUGUAUUACCUUAAAUGGCUAUUGUAAUUUUGAUUGGUUAUUUUUUAUUUAUCUGUGAUAACGAGCCCAUUAAUUUAUAUUUAUUAAUGGUAAUUUAUUUUUGACGUCAUCACAUAUCAUAUUGUGUAUAAAGAUUAUAUAUAUUUUUUUCAUCUUUACUGCUGUUCAACUUUUUGAUAUCUUUUAAUUCUUCUUUCUGCAAAUCGUUAUAUAAUGAAAUAUUUACUACUAAUACAUAUUUUAUUUUUUAAAUAUAUCCUCGAAUUAGUAAAGUCAUAAUUAUGUACAACGAUAUAUUAAUCACUUCAAGUUGCUGAAUAUAUUUAAUGUCGUAAAAGAAAUUUCCUACUUUAUCGUCCUCUGUGUAUUACGUAUGAUGUCAACACGUGGUCAAACUGCAGCGCGAGUUUAAUAAGUUUGUUUUCCGUUAUUUAUUUAUCAUGACUUCGACUUCGACAGAAGUAGAUGUAGAUGAAGAAAAUGAAAAGAAGUGUAAACAUUUUCAUGAGUUUGGAUUAGAUGAUAGAAUUUUAAAGGUAAGCCUAAUGAAAUAUGGGAAAUGCGUUAUAGAGGUUAUAUUUAAUUUACUGCAAUUUAAACAUUUCUACAGUGAUUUAAAUGGCUAUUGCUAAAUUAGGUUGGUUAGAACCUACACUUAUACAAGAAAAAGCGAUACCAUUGUUAAUAGAUGGGAAAGAUGUUUUAAUCAGAGCUAGAACUGGUUCUGGUAAAACUGCUGCAUUUGCAAUUCCAUUGAUACAAAAAAUAUUAUCUAAUAAACAAACUCAAACAAAACAAGAAAUUAAAAGUUUGAUCCUAACUCCAAGCAAAGAACUUUGUAAACAGAUCUAUGAAGUACUCGUGGAUCUAACCAUAAAAUGUAGCAGAGAUGUACGAUCUAUUGACAUUAGUCCACAGAUUAGUUUAGAUGCUCAAAAAUCAUUAUUAAUAGAAAUGCCUGAUAUUGUUGUGUCUACGCCUAGUAGAUUGUUGCAACAUUUAAAAGCAGGGAAUCUUUCUUUGAAACAUAGUUUAGAAACGUUGAUAAUCGAUGAAGCCGAUUUGGUUUUUUCGUUUGGUUAUGAAGAUGAAGUUAAACAGGUUUUAACUUAUUUACCAAGAAUAUAUCAAGCUGUACUAGCAUCUGCAACAUUGUCCGAAGAUGUCUUGACAUUGAAAAAAUUAGUUUUACAUAAUCCAGCAAUUUUAAAAUUAGAGGAACCACCUUUAGCCCCACCAACGCAAUUAGCGCAUUAUAGUCUAGCUGCAGAAGAGAAUGAUAAGGCUGCUAUUUUAUAUGCCUUAUUGAAAUUACAUUUAAUUAGAGGGAAAACUAUUAUUUUUGUAAAUACUGUUGACCGAUGCUACAAAUUAAAACUCUUUCUGGAACAAUUUGGAAUACCAACGUGCGUACUUAAUUCCGAAUUACCCGCAGUUUCUAGAUGCCGAGCUAUCACGCAGUUUAAUUGUGGAACAUACGACAUAAUAAUCGCAUCUGACGAGAAAGCUUUAGAUGAGGAACAUGUAGUAAAAGCUAAAAAAGGAAAAAGGAGAAGAGAUAAAGAAUCGGGUGUAGCUCGUGGUAUAGAUUUUCAAUUCGUAUCGAAUAUAAUCAAUUUUGAUUUUCCACUUGACGUUAAUUCCUACAUACACAGAGCAGGACGUACGGCACGAGGAAAGAAUCAGGGCACAGCUUUAAGUUUCAUAUCUAUAAGAGAAAGACCUUUACUAGAAGAAGUAGAAGGAGAAUUAAAAGAAUGCUAUGGUCGCGAUACUUUGUUUAAAACUUAUCAAUUUAAAUUAGAAGAAGUCGAAGGGUUUAGAUAUCGUGCAAAAGAUGCAUGGAAAGCUGUAACUAGAAUAGCCGUGCGCGAAGCUCGUUUGAAAGAAAUUAAACAGGAAAUAUUGAAUUGCGAAAAAUUAAAAAGUUAUUUCGAGGAUAAUCCGAAAGAUUUACAAUCGUUGCGUCAAGAUAAAGCUUUACAUACAGUAAAAUUACAAUCUCAUUUGAAAGAUGUACCAGAAUAUAUAGUACCGCCUACUUUAAAACGUUUAAUGGGAAUGGGAAAAAGGAAACGAAAAUUCGAUCGAGAAUUAGCAUCGUCCGGUGCUACCGCAACGAAAUCGAAACAUCAAGCACGUGCAUCAAAUCCUCUUAUCAGUUUGGCAAUAAAGAAACAUAAAAAGUCAGCAUAAAUCUUGUACAUUAUCGUUAAGGAAAGUUUGUGUAAAAUAAAAUUUUCUGUUCCUAUUUUUAA